AUGCUAGAGGGUAUUAGGUGUUACAUGAUGGAUAGGUUCGUAAUUAAGUAUAACAUGUUGAUGGACAGCCCGGAUAUGCUGUGCCCUAGAAUUAGGAAGAGGGUUGAGAAAGUAAAGGAAUUGGCUAGGUUGUGCAUUGCUAGGCAGACAUUGGCGGAUAAGUGUGAAGUGAAGAUGGGUGAGAAUGGCUACAUAGUGGACCUAAAUGAUAGGAGCUGUACAUGUGGAUACUGGCAAUUGAGUGGGCUGCCUUGUUGCCAUGCUGUCUCGGCAAUUUCACAUAUGAGGAAGGAGGUGGACGAUUAUGUACAUCCUUGUUACAAGGCCUACCAUGUCGAGUUAGGCUACAAGAUUGGCAUCCCUUGCUUAGAUGGUAGGCAGGCUUGGCCAGAUGCUAUUGGUCUUCCAGUUCAUCCUCCGAAGCAAAGACCCAUGCCGGGAAGGCCUAAGAAGAAGCGACGAAGGGCUGCUCACGAGUUGGAAACGAGACCUCAGCGUAAUGGGGUUGGCGAGGAGGUAACUAGAAGGGGGAGUAUCAUACAUUGCAAGAAAUGUGGUGCUGAGGGGCAUAACUCGAGGGGCUGUAAAGCUACAGCAGCUGAGAUUCAGGCUAACACUCGGAAUGAAGCAAGAAGUGCUCGAACAGCACCAAGAAGGGCUACUCGUGGAGGAAACAAUACUGCUGGCCCUACUGUUCCAGCUGGAAACAGUGCUGCUGCCCCAACUGUCCCCGACACAAGGAGAAAGCGAGUUCUUCAUUGCUCUAAGUGUCAAUCAGCGACCCAUAAUGCGAGAACCUGCCCCCUCAACCGAGGAAAUGGAAUACAGGAUGUUGUGUUGAAUGUGGGAGAUCGAAGGACGAUUGAGCGUGAGAUGCGAAUUGCCACAAGAGGGAUAGGGGUGUAUGUAAGUGAGGCAACUGGGAACCAAUACGUGAGGUUGAAUGGAUCACGGGGUCGUCCUGCUGGAGGUACUCAGCCAACUGAGAUGGAUGCUCAAGGAAGCCAGCCGCCUCCGACACAACCUUAG